AUGGGUGACUGGCGUCCCCCUACAAAUCCUAUACUGGAACGUCUGGUGAAAGAAACCGAAUUGACUUGGCUUGCAGCUGGUACUACUGGAGAGACCUUGGGAAAUUACACGCGCGCAGUGGAAUGCUAUGAACGAGCCCUACGCCAAAAUCCACUUUCGGUACCUGCAUUGACCAAAGCGGCGGGCAUUUAUCGUCAUCAAGAAAACUUCAAACUUGCAGCUGAUUAUUUUAGCAGGCUGUUGAAGAUUCAUGAAGGUAGCGGUGAAAUUUGGGGAGCUCUAGGUCAUUGUUACUUGAUGACCGACGAUUUACAAAAGGCAUACACUUCCUAUCAACAAGCUUUACACCAUUUCCAGACUCCCAAAUCCGAACCUAAGCUAUGGUAUGGAAUUGGUAUCUUGUACGAUCGAUACGGUAGUCUUGAGCAUGCUGAGGAGGCUUUCAGUAGCGUCAUUAAAAUGGAUCCUAAUUUCGAAAAGGCCAACGAGAUUUACUUUCGAUUGGGCAUCAUAUACAAGCAACAACGCAAGGCUGAUUUGAGCUUGGAGUGUUUCCAAUGGAUUCUAGACAAGCCACCUUCACCAUUGACCGAGAUUGAUAUCUGGUUUCAAGUGGGACAUGUACACGAACAACAAGGGCAUUUUGAUCGAGCCAAAGAGGCAUACGAACGUGUCCUGGACGAAAACUCCACACAUGCCAAAGUGUUGCAGCAAUUGGGCGGUUUGUAUUGUAGAGAAGGCAGUAGCUUUUACAACCCUGAGCAGGCUGUAGCUAUCAUAACUCGCAGUUUAGCAGCUGAUUCGCAUGAUGCCUUUAGUUGGUAUCUGUUGGGUCGGGCUUACAUGACCAUCCAAAACUUCAACAAGGCUUAUGAAUCAUACCAACAAGCUGUCUAUCGCGAUGGCAAGAAUCCUGCGUUCUGGUGUUCGAUUGGAGUUUUAUACUAUGCUAUCAUGCAAUACCAUGAUUCACUCGAUGCGUAUUCACGCGCAAUCCGACUCAAUCCGUACAUCUCCGAGGUCUGGUACAAUCUAGGUGCCUUGUAUGAAUCAUGCAACGAUCAGAUGCUGGAUGCCAUUGAUGCUUAUCAGCGCGCCGCCCAACUCGAUACCAAUAAUGCCCACAUCAAUGCUCGCCUCAACGAUAUCAAACGACACCAAGAGACGGGUGCUGCUUUGGGCCGUCCUCCUUCACCU